AUGCCAUCCUCAUCCACGAUCACAAUCAAUCAAGCCAACUACGGCAUCGACUUAGAUCAGCAUAUCGACCACGACUCUGGAACAAGUCAGCUGGUAAACACUCACUCUGACACGUCAGAGCUGGUCAAUACCGACUCUACACUACCUGCGCAUUACCUAGCGUCGCAUCACACAUACCCAGCCAACGGCAGCAAUUGCAACAACCACUACCACACUUCAACAGCCAUCGCCAGGGUUGGAACAUUUCCGCCCAGAUCCAAUAACCAAACGCUGGACGCCUAUAUCGUGACGAACUUCACAGUUAUUACGAUCGUAAUUGCUGCUAUCACACUCGUCGCUACCGUCGCUGGAAUAAUCGUUGCCAUCGUUCUAGCCGUCAUAUACAAGUGA